UUAAACCAGAAAGAGGCUUAUUGAAUAAAGUGGGAUCCAGCAAGAAUGAAAGACAGAGUGCAAUCACUUGUGAUCAAGCCAUCACAAAGGAAAUCAAAGGCUUAACUCCUUGACACUUUGGAGAAAUUUGACAAUAAGUAGCCUAAGGAAUAAUACGAAACUGAAAUCACCAACUGUGGCAAUGGAAGACAGUAAUGAACAUGAUCAACCAGUUUCAGCAGGGAGGCAAGAAAUGAGAAAAAGAAGGAAACCUUCUCAAGCAAUGGUAGACAAAUCCCAGCAAACAGAUAUCACUGAGAAAAAGAAACACCUGACAGGCUCACAAUCGGCUGCACCAAAAGCUGUCCUUAGCCAUAGUAAUAUACAUGAAAACAAAGCAAAGCAUUCUACUAAAGAAUAUGAUAAAAUGAGAUUAUCUUCUCAGCUUCAACAAACUUGGCAGAGGAGAAAAGAUGGACAAGAACUGACAGAUAAAUCCCAGCAGACAGAGGAAAUUAAAGUAGGGGGGGAAAAAACCUUAGUUGAUAUUGGAGGGGCACCUCCGCCUGCCCUUGAAUCUGAUAUUGAACAAAUUGCCCAUCCAUCUAAAGAGCAUGAAACUCCCUUAAACAGACGCCCAAGCUAUUCCUUGAUAAACAGAUCUCAGCAGACAAGUUGCACUGGAGAUUGGGGUCUUGCGGCCUACCAUGGCAUAUGCAGUGAAAUGGUGGACAAGCAGACAGGAAUGAGUGAUAAUGAGCUAAUAGGACUUCCUAGUGCUAGUAGCAAAAAAGAUUCAUCAUCCCAGCCAAUGGAAGAUACUGAGGGACCUAAAAUAACACCAAGGACAUCCCGAGGAAGUUCUGCUGUUAGCAAAACUGUCAGUAAAAUUUCCUUUCCUCCAGGAAGUGCUACUGCUAGCAAAACUUUCUCUCCCCCAGGAAGUGCCAAAAUCAUCUCUGCCCAGGCAAGUACUGAUGCUGCUAGCAGAACUUUUUCUCCCCAGGUAAGUGCUAGGGCUAGCAAAAGAUUCUCUGCCCAGGGAAGUGCUACUGCUAGUAAAACUUUCUCUCCCCCAGGAAGUGUCAAAUUCAUCUCUGCCCAGGGGAGUACUGAAGCUGCUAGCAGAACUCUUUCUCCCCAGGCAAGUUCUAGGGCUAGCAAAACAUUCUCUGCCCAGGGAAGUGCUACUGCUAGUAAAACUUUCUCUCCCCAGGAUAGCGAAGCCUCAGUUAUUGAACCCCCUGAAGAAUCUGGCUCUGAGAUAGGUCUGAAAAGCCCCAAAAGGGUUUCAGUAGAUGCUGCCCCUGAAGUACCACCCAUUAUAAAAAGGGGGGAUGUUUCUACAGAAGAGGUAGUUCAUGAAGGACAGCCUCCUCUUGCUGAACUUGAAUCUUCUGACAGAGAGGGCCCUAUUGACCUAGAGUCUUCUCCUGCUGCUGAAAAAGAAUUUCCUCCUGAGGAAGAAGGUCUUCUUGAGGACAUAGAGUCUCCUGUUGAAGUAGAGACUUCUCCUAUGGAAGAGUCUCCCGUUGAGGAACUAGAGUCUCCUGUUGAAGAAGAGACUUCUCCCAUGGAAGAGAUGCCCCAUGAGGAACCAGAGCCUCCUACUACUGAUGUAGAACUUUCUCCCAUGGAAGAAGGCCCACUUGAGGAACUAGAGCCUCCUCCUGUUGAUAAAGAAACUUUUCCCAUGGAAGAAGCUCCUCCUGAUGAGGUAGAAAUUCCUGUUGAUGAAGAACUUUCUCCCAUGGAAGAAGCUCCUCUUGAGGAGCAAGAGCCUCCUGAUGAAGUGAAGUCUUUUAUGGAAGAAGCUGCACUUGAGGUAGAAGCUGCUCCUGUUGAAGUAGAGCCUUCCUCUGUGGAAGAAAUUCCUUUUGAGGAAUUGGAGCCUCCUUCUGAUGAAGUAGAGGCUGCCCCUGUGGAAGAAGCUCCUCCUGAUGAAGUAGAGGCUGCCCCUGUGGAAGAUGCUCCUCUUGAGGAAGUAGAGCCUCCUCUUGAGGAAGUAGAGGCUGCCCCUGUGGAAGAAGCUCCUUUUGAGGAAUUACAGCCUCCUCUUGGUGAAGUAGAGCCUUCUCCUGAGGAAGAAGCUCCUCUUGAAGAACUGGAGUCUCCUUCUGUUGAAGCCAACGCUGCCCCUGAGGAGGACGCUCCUCUCGAAGAACCGGAAUCUUUUUCUGUUCCCAUAGAGAAUCCUCCUGAGGAAGAAGCUCCUCUAAAUGAACCUGAACUUGAGCCUCCUGCUGAAACAGAGAAUGCUCCCGUGGAAGAAUCACCUCUGGAUGAACUAGAGCUCCCCCUUGCUGAAAUGAAGGGUACUCUUAUGGAAGAAGUCCCUUCUUCUCCUCCUGUGGAACAAGAGGAUUCUACUGAAAUGGAGGUUCCGCAAAAAGAACCAGAGUCUGCUCCUGUGGAACCAGAAGCUCCUGAAGCAGAUGAAUGAGGAAGAGUCCCCAAGAAGGAAGUACAGUACCAGGUUAAAAUUUAAGCACGUGCCUUAAAAAAGGGUAGGGCCCUGAAAGUAGCAAGGGGAAUUGUCAAAUGAAAAGGAAACAUCACAAUUGGAAUACAUAUUGGAAAAGUGAAUAAUAAAAAAGGAAA